AUGGAGGUGUCCUACACCUUCGCAGGAGUUCUACUUGACUUCGACGGCACUAUCAUUGACUCAACCGAGGCAAUUGUCGAGAACUGGAAAAGAAUCGGCAAUGAAUUAGGCAUCGACCACGAAGAAAUCCUCCGCACCUCGCACGGGCGACGAAGCAUUGAUGUUCUACAACAGCUAGAUCCCACAAAAGCGAACUGGGAAUAUGUCAGCAAAAUGGAAUCCCAAAUCCCCACCCUCAGCAAAACCCCCGCCGUCGAAAUCCCGGGUGCGCGCAACCUCCUCGAAUCAUUGACCAAACUCCACAUUCCCCACGCUAUUGUGACAUCCGGAACGAAAGCAUUACUGAAUGGGUGGUUAAACGUUCUACAACUCCCUCACCCGCAGCAUGUUACUGUUGCCGAAGAUGUCACGCUGGGAAAGCCGGAUCCGGAGGGCUAUCGCAAGGGGAAAGAGAAGAUUCUGGCUUCGAGGGAGAAUGGUGAUCAGGGCAAAGAGGAUGUCUUGGUGGUGGAGGAUGCGCCGGCUGGUAUUCGGGCGGGAAAAGCGGCCGACUGUAAGGUUUUGGCGGUUGCGACGACGCAUUCGGUGGAGGCGUUGAAGGAGGCGGGGGCUGAUUGGGUGGUGAGGGAUUUGAGAUUCCACGUCUUUAUCACUGGCGCAACUGGCUACGUCGGCGGCCAGACAGCUGUCACUCUCAUCGCUGCGCACCCCGAGUACGACGUCGUGGCACUAGUCCGAGACCAAGAGCAAGCCGAUAUGCUCAAGAGCCGCUUUCCGAAGAUCAGCACUGUCAUCGGAACACUCGACGAUGAUGCAGUUCUGAAGGAGGAGGCUGCGAAGGCUGAUGUUGUGCUGCAAACCGCCAGCUCCGACCACGUUCCCGCAGUGAACUCCCUUCUCGCCGGUCUAGCAUCUGGCACUGGAAGAGGCAGAUACAUUCACAUCUCCGGAACGGGUGUUCUCAACGAUAUGUCUACUGGACCUGGAAACCCCACUUCAAAGAUCUACGACGAUGUGAAAGAUAUUCAUGAGAUCAUCAACCUGCCUGCCGAGGCACUGCACCGAAAUGUUGAUGAUGCUGUUAUCACCGGUGGAAUGCGACUGAAUGUUCCCACGGCGAUUAUAUGCCCGCCGACCAUCUAUGGUGUGGGUGAGGGACCGAUCAAGAAGCGGAGUAUGCAGGUUCCGUUCUUGACUGAGGCUAUUUUGAAUCGGGGUAAAGGGUUUACUGUUGGGAAGGGGGAGAACCUUUGGGAUUAUUGCCACGUCAGCGACGUAGCCAAAGCAUUCGUCGUCCUAACUGAGGAGGCAUUGAAGCCCAACGGAGGCACAGCGACAUGGGGCCCAGAAGGAUACUACUUUGCAGAGGCGGGCGAGUUCUCAUGGAAGGGCGUCAGCGAGAAGGUCACACAGAUUGCUCAUGAAAGUGGAAAGCUUGCUGCUGCGGAUAUAGAGACUUUGGCCGUUGAAGACGCUAUCAAGUUCCAUCCAUGGGCGCCGGUUCUGUGGGGUGGAAACUGUCGCAGUCGGGCUAGUCGGCUGCGCGCUUUGGGGUGGAAGCCUGAAGGUCCCUCCCUUUGGGAGGCUAUUCCUAGUAUUGUGGAGUUUGAGAUCCGUGCCCUUGGACUGUGA